AUGAUUCCUACCACGCGCAGCCUAACCCUGCUCCUGCUCGCAGCGUCCCUCUCCAGCGCCUUCCCCAUCUACACCUUCUCACCCCCGAACCUCUCCACCCGGGACUCCUCCUCUUCUCUGCAACAAUGUCUCUCGUCCACCGGCGGUGAGCUCUCCUACAGCAGCUCUUCCAACUACACCACCCUCUCCUCAUCGUACAACCCGCUGUUCGACUACAAGCCGUACGUCGUCGCCGUACCCUCCUCCGCCGCUGAGGUGUCCUCCAUCGUCCGCUGCGUUGCCGCUGAGAACGGGUCGCAGAAGCUGACCCCGAAGUCGGGCGGUCAUUCGUACACGGCCUACUCGUUGGGAGGAGCCGAUGGGUCGGUAGUAGUAGAUCUUUCGCAGCUGAAUGAGGUGACCGUGGAUUCGGGGAGCAAGACGGUGAGCGUAGGUGCGGGGGUGAGGUUAGGAAAGCUGGCUCAGUCGAUCUUCGAUCAGGGUGGUUUCGCACUGCCGCAUGGAACGUGUCCGUACGUCGGGGUGGGGGGUCAUGCGUUGGGUGGUGGAUUCGGAUUCCCCACCCGAGCAUGGGGAUUCUUGCUGGACAGGAUCACAGAGAUGGACAUGGUCGACGUCAACGGUACCGUGAGGACGGUAAGCAAGGAUAGCGGGGAGGACGAUCUGUGGUGGGCGUUGAGAGGCGCAGGUUCGAACAACUUUGGCAUCGUCACCCGCUUCACCUUCAGCCUCCUCGACGCUCCCACCACCACGAUCAACUACGCGUACAACUACAAGACCAACUCGGACUGCGCCAAAGCCAUCGUUGCGCUGCAGAACAUGACUCUCGCCACCAACGUCGACGAAGGCUUAGAGAAAGAAUUCGGUGGGGAGCUGUUGGUGGCAGGUGAAGCAGGCGGGGAUUUCGAUGGUAACGCUUGUCAGCUUUCCGGUCAACACAUCAACGCCUCGCAACAACACCAUUCGGAUCUCAUCGACAGAUUCCAUUCUCAAGCCGGUAUUGCUCCCGCAAGCAGCACCGUCCAACCGUUCAGUUCAUGGCUCGAUUCGUUGGAAGACAUCAUGGGCUCGCUCGACACCUCGUCACCGGGUCAGGAUCACGAGCAGUUCUACGCCAAGUCGCUCGUCCAACCCUCCACCGCCACCUACAACUACACCUCCGCCCUCGCGCUCGUCGACCAGCUCAACUCGAUCGCCGGUCUGCACGGCACGGGCAACAGCAUCAGCUUCGACUUUUUGGGUCCACUCAGCUACCCCGCCACCCAAUCCGGCACCGCCAGCUUCAACGCCCACAACGCAGCCUUCGUCUACCAGUUCUACAGCUACGGUUUUCCGGACAACGACAACCCAGACCAACAGCAGGAUGUCUGGACUGCCUUCGAUGGGUUGGUGGACACGGCGAAGAACAGCGAUGCAGCGGCAGAGUGGGGCGCAUAUGUCAACUAUGUGGAUGCGAGGUUGAGCGGUUGGGCCCAGGCGUACUACGGGGACGGCGUGGAGAGGUUGAAGCAGAUCAAGGGGGAGUUGGAUGCGAUGGACGUGUUCUGGUUCCCUCAGGGGUUGGGGAGCGCUUGA